AUGUGGGCAAACUUUGGAAAUUUUUACACUGAGGAAAUGCUGCUGGUUGCUAGGAGGCAGGAGUUUUCAAAAGCCUUUUCAAUGAAAAUACUGAUAUCACAUGCUUAUGUCAAUGGCUUUACAAAUGUCACCCACGGAACUGUCGAGGGCCCUUGGCACCAGCGGGAGGGCAGGGCAGCACGCAGGGAUGAGCCCCUUCUGCUGCCCCACAUCCCCUGCUCUCCCCGUGCCCUGGCCAGGUACAAACCAGCACCACUCCACGUUGCCUCCUGCCCGCCGGUCCUGCUCAAAGAGCCUCCAGCUCCCCGGUGCGCGCAGAAGGGUGGCAGGGUUGGGGGUUUCACUGCUGCCCCUGUGAAGACCCUCGGACAGGAGGAAACGCUGGCUCCAAAGGACUCGGCGGCAGAGAGAGGCGCCUUCCCCCGAGCCCCCAGUCCCGGGAGGGUGCGGGCGGCAGAGCGGCCCGCUCGUCAGGCCUUGGCUCCGCCACCGCUCCUCCGGCCUCAGCCCACUGUGGGAUGUAAAAGCUGCACAUUUGCAGAAGUUGUUGCUGCUGUUGAUGUGAACACUCUUGCCAAUGAAGUUUAUAAGCACAACUUUCCCAGCACACCAUUAUGGGCAAAGACAAUUGAGGGCAUAACACUGAAAGAAUUUGACAGAUUAUCUUUUGAUAUGGUUUUGAUGAGUCCUCCCUGUCAGCCAUUUACAAGAAUUGGCCUGCAGGGUGAUGUAUCUGAUCCACGGACAAAGAGCUUUCUCUAUAUCCUUGAUAUUCUCCCAAGGCUCCAAAAGCUUCCAAAAUACCUACUUUUAGAAAAUGUUAAAGGAUUUGAAUCGUCUUCUGCAAGAAGUGAACUUGUACGAACACUAGAAACAUGUGGAUUUAAAUAUCAAGAAUUUCUCUUGUCUCCAACCUGUCUUGGCAUUCCCAAUUCUAGGAUGCGGUAUUUUCUAAUUGCAAAGCUUCACGAAGAACCAUUUUCUUUUCAAGCUCCUGGUCAGGUUUUAACAAGAUUCCCAGAUCAGGAUCUACAAGGCUUAUGUGAGGAAAAGGCUGCUGACAAAGUGGGUGGAGCUAGUUCUUCCUUGUCUUCUGAAGAGAAGACUAUGGAUCUAAACAUUGGUCCUGAUUGUAGAAGCAAGAAGAAUUUAUCAAAAGGGGCUUUUCUUUUUAAGCUUGAAACAGUAGAAGAAAUGGAAAGGAAAUAUAGUCAGGACAAUGAUUCCUCUAUUCAAAUGCUAAAAGAUUUCUUGGAAGAGGAAAGUGAAGAAAUGAGUCAGUAUUCCUUACCACCAAAGUCCUUAUUGCGCUAUGCUUUCUUGUUAGACAUUGUUAAACCCACCUGCCGGAGAUCCACAUGCUUUACAAAAGGGUAUGGACACUAUGUAGAAGGGACAGGCUCAGUUUUGCAGACAGCAGUAGAUGUGAAGCUUGAAUCAGUGUUUAAACACAUUGAGGAGUUAUCAGAAGAGGAGAAGCUUAUGAAAUUGUCAACAUUAAAACUGAGGUACUUCACUCCAAGAGAAAUAGCAAAUCUUCAUGGAUUCCCUCUGGAAUUUGGUUUUCCUGACAAAAUAACUAUAAAGCAAUGCUACCGUCUUCUGGGAAACAGCCUCAAUGUACACGUGGUGGCAAAAUUGAUCUCCAUUCUAGUUGGAUAAUUUAGAAGCUGAAUCUGUUGAGUAAAGACUGGUGACAGAAAAUACUUCCACCUUUCAAGAGAAGGCUGAUGGCGGCUGAACAAAAAUUGUAGCUUUCUGAAACAUCUGCCCACACAUUUUUCUGACCAGUUCUGAUAUAUUAAA